AUGUCUGAAUUGGUGGCUCGGACGGGACGGCAGCAGCAGCGUUAUAAGGAUGGCUAUCGCCUUAUUGCGGGGUGUAUUCCCUUCAAGUACAGCAAUGAUGAGGAAGAAAAUGGUGGUGUCCCUUCUAAAAAGAUUGCUGAAGUACUAAUGAUCAACUCAAAUAGUGGACCUGGUCUUCUAUUUCCAAAGGGUGGGUGGGAAAAUGAUGAAACAGCUGAGCAGGCAGCACUACGGGAAGCCAUGGAAGAGGCUGGAGUUCGUGGGGAUUUAAUGCAUUUCCUGGGAUAUUACCCUUUCAAGAGUAAAACGCAGGAUGAAUUCAGUCCAGAAGGUUGGUGUAAAGCUGCCAUGUAUGCUUUGCUUGUGAAGGAGGAACUCGAGUCGUGGCCUGAGAAGAACCAUCGACAAAGAAUUUGGCUAACUAUUCCCAAGGCUAUUGAAAGUUGCCGGCAUGCAUGGAUGCGAGAGGCUCUUGAGAAAGGGUUUUGGAAUUGGUAUGCUGACGGUAUGAUUCACACAUUGCCAAUAAAAGAUGUUCCCAAGUCGUCUUCUAAUAAGUGUUGA